GAAAAUACAUGCGACGUAUCUAGCUGACGAAACGUGGCUGCAAAAGUAACUGCAUAAUAUUUGCAUAUUCAUUGACGGUUGAGACCAUAUUGCGUCAUUGGCAGAAGACUCGGGUGGACAACACGUGACUUACUAUAAUCAAUUCGCCGAAAAUUAUUGUAUUGGACGUCGAACAUUUAAAAAAACUGGUUAUGAAAUGGAGAGGUCCAUUCCUUCAUUAAGCAUUGCCCAAAAUGUGGAAUCAGUAACGGUAUGUAAAGUCUUUAAGAAGUUAAGUUUAUAAUCUAUACACUCAGACAUGUGGUAGAUACUUUGGUCUUAAAGUUUCUAUAACAAUAAAGUCUGUAUGGCUACAGAAACUGAUACUUUUUUCAAAGUAUAUUCGUAAAAUAUAUCCUCUUUUCAUUAAUAUAACAAACGUCUGACCUAAUAAUCUUGAGUUGUAUUAAGCUUUCUCAAAGUGCUAAAUGGUCGUAAACGAUAUAAAUACAAUGCCAAUCGUUUCCUGUCACAUAUAAAAUUAAUUUACAAAAUGAAAAAGCGUUUUUUCAACCGCCUAGUUUAAUCAACUUUUGCUUUCGCAGGCUAUAGACUUUUUCAAUGAUCUUAAACGUAGUCCGGAUGGCUGGAAGUUAUGCUUACAAGGCCUUAAUAGUCCUGAAUAUGAGUCGUAAGUACUUUACCCUUCAAUUUCAACAUUUCCAUAAUAUUUUACGUUUGUUUUUAGAAAUCAUCAGGUGAAAUUUUUUUGUCUACAAGUUCUUGAACACUUCUUAAAGUCAGCUUAUUCAAAGACAAGCACUAAAGAUGAUUUUAUAAUUAUUCAAAACCAAAUAUUAUCCUGGUUUCAAAAUCAGAAUGGUCAUCAGAACCCUACAUUUUUAAGGAAUAAACAAGCCCAAAUCAUCGCCCUUGCAUUUAUAACUGACUACCCAGCCAGAUGGCCAACAUUUUUUCAGGAUAUGCUACAGAGAAGUGAUUCAUCCAAAGCAGUUGAUUUAUAUCUCAAAUCACUAUUGGCUGUGCAUUCCGAAGUUGUUGAUAGGGACAUAGCAAGAUCUAAUGCCGAAAUGCAAAGGAAUACAGUAAUUAAGGACAAUAUGAGAAUGAACACUGUACCUGUUUUAGUCAACUCUUGGUAUGAAAUAUUGAGAAUGGAUAAUGUUGAUUCCCAAAUUGUUUGCCAGUGCCUGGACGUUAUCGGAAGUUACAUAUCUUGGAUCGAUAUUGACUUAAUCGCUAACGAUAGAUUUGUACCAAUCAUUUUACAAUGUUUAGGAGAUGACCUAAAGAGGGAAAGUGCCUGCGAUUGCUUAAGAGAGAUAGUUUUGAAGGGAAUGCAGCCCUUAAGCAAACUGAAACUAAUUGACUCCUUGACAGAAGUUCUUGAUAGUUUAGGUGUAUUCACUACCCCACCUCAAGGAGAUGACGUGAUCGAUUUUCUAGCCAAGUUGGCUAAACUGUUAAAUGCUGUUGGAUUAGAGGUUUUAGCCGCAUAUACUACUCUAGUAAAAGCUAAUGAUAUAGAUGGUGCAGCUUUGGCCCUUAAAAGUUUGGAAGAUAAGAUUUCAAAAAUGUUUCCAUUCAUCGCUCAUGAAGUUGACGAUGUUUCCGGUGCUGUUUGUCCUCUUGCUCAAGAAUAUGUUGCUCUAUUAAAAACUGUUAAUCCUCAAAUUCAAGAACAACAUUCACACAUCGUUAAAACCCUCUUAUAUACCUGCAUAAAACGUAUGAAAUUUGAUCAAGAUUAUGAUUGGGAUGUAGAAGGAGAGGAAGAGGCCAUAUUUCAAGAUUACAGAAGAAGAUUACGAAAUGUUGUUUUGCACAUUGGGAGCUACAAGCCUGAAACAAUAUUGGAGGUUACAACAGCUCUAUUUCAUGAAAAUCUUCUUAAAUGGAAAGAAAAAAAUGUAUUAGAUGUAGAAUUGGCAUUAUAUAUAUUCUACGCCCUGCUAGAAUGCUUACCUAGUAACCUUAUUCAACAGACUUUUGAUCCUGACAGAUCAAAAUCAGCAGGUCCACUACAGCAGCUAGCUCUUACGGUUGUUGAAUCGGAUGUAUUUGUUUGCGACCAUCCGGCUGUUUCGUUAUUGUAUUAUGAAUCUGUUGCCCGCUACGACAAGCUCUUAACUGUUAUACCUGAACAAAUUCCAAUUGCUUUAAAAGCUUUUCUUUAUGGUGUGAAAACACAUCCUAAUCCUAAAGUUCGUACCAGAGUUGCUUAUUUAUUGACAAGAUUGGUUAAAAGUAUUAACAAAUCGCUAUUAGUGCCCUAUGUUGAUAAUCUUCUUGCUAGCUUAACCCAAGAUUUAAGUCAGCAAGAUAGUGAUGCUCUUUUUGUUUAUGAAGCUUGUGGUUUGUUAAUUAUUCAAUCUGUCCAACCUUUGGAAAAGAAAAAUGAAUUACUUAAGGAAUUACUAUCACCACGCCUUCAUGAUGUUAAUCUAUAUAUUCAAAGAACUUUGUCCGCUGCAGCUGCAGAGGAGCAAGCUACUUAUGGCAAGGCGGCUGUUCAUUCCCUACUCUGUAUUGUUAGAACAUCUAAAGGUUUUUCGGAAAAAUGUAAUAUGAAAGCAACGAAAUGUGAUGAGGUUUACACCCACGUUUUGAAAACUGUUUUAACUGCUUUAGAUACUAUUCAACUACCGUUUCCGAUUGUUGUUCAUGAGAUAUUUAGUGCUGUUCGACAGCUCCUUCACAGAAUGAUUGUCUGUUUAGAAGAUAGUGUUCUACCGUUCGUCGUGCCCCUUUUGAAGAAGCUUGUUGAGGGUGGCGAUGUUCGAGAGCUCCAUGAUGUCAUGGCUCUCUGCUCUCAGCUAGUAACGAAAUUUAAGGAGCGGGUGACACCUCUAUUCAACGAAGCACUCAUGCCCCUAACCAGCGCGGUCCUGAAUACACUUGAGAGUCCACCAGAGGCUGCUACCGAUGAUGAACGCAAAGUUUUAAGACGAUCGCAUCUUAACUUCGUGCUAGUAUUGGCCACUCACUCUGACUUCAAGCAUCUUCUCAGCGUUCAGGCAAAUGAUGCUGUUGAAAACCUCUUAAGCUACAUUGUGAAAACAGCAAUGAAUCCUGAAAACGGGCCCCAAGCUCAGAAGAUAUCUUUCUGUAUACUUAAAAAAUUUAUGGAAACUCUAAUAGGAAAUACUAAUAUAGAAAUAGUACAGCAGUUAGUUAUACGGCCAUGUUUUGAAGCACCUCUAUGCGAAGGCUUCAAUCUGAGUGACGCCCAGACUGUUCUGGCGUUAACUGAGGCAGGACAAUGUGCUAAGACUGCCGUACGAAUUCUACCCGACCUACUCCCUUAUUUAAGGGACACAUAUCUACCCAAUUUGGGCCUGUCUGAUAGACAAGCAAAAUCUUUGUGUGAUGCAUUAACUUUAGAAGAUCCAAAAAUGUUCAAAACAGUUUUUCGUGAUUUUUUCAUUAAUGCUAGAUUCCAAGGGCGGUAGCACCAGUGAAAAUUUGAUACUAUAUACAAAUAUAUUGUAAAAAUUUUAUCUCUGAAACUUUGAAACUAUGAUAUAAUUGAGAAAUUAUAGAGAUAUAUAUGUGUAGACAACUGUACACUUAUAAUUUAAUACAUUAAAAGUUAUCUAUCGAAA